AUGGGUUCGAUACCGGCAACGCGCGAUGAACGUGCUGUCUUCUUCUUUGACAUUGACAACUGCCUCUACGCCAAAUCCAAGAAAGUCCACGACCACAUGGCCAGGUUAAUCAACAAGUACUUCGUCAGUCACUUAGACUGCCCAGCAGAGGAAGCGACACGACUUCAUCUGCAGUACUACAAGGACUACGGUCUAGCCAUAGAGGGUCUGGCGCGCCACCAUGAAAUUGACCCUCUAGAUUUCAAUCACGAGGUUGACGAUGCGCUUCCGCUCGACGAUCUCUUGACACCAGAUCCAGAUCUACGGAAACUCCUUCAAUGCUUCGACAAAACCAAAGUCAAAAUGUGGCUCUUCACGAAUGCGCAUAUCACCCAUGGCAAACGUGUGGUGAAAUUACUAGGAGUUGACGAUCUCUUCGAAGGAAUUACAUACUGUAAUUACGCCGAGAGACCACUCGUUCCCAAGCCAGCACCAGCAAUGUUCGACAAGGCAGAAAGAGAAUCAGGUUGUACUUCCUCGACCAAGAAAUACUUUGUGGAUGAUUCGUGGUUGAAUUGCAAAGCUGCUUACGAACGAGGCUGGAACACUGUUCACCUGGUUGAAGAAGGCUGGCCCGGUGAUCCGCCCACUCUACCAUGCGAGCAUCAAAUUCAGCACUUGAACGAACUACUCAGGCUCUUUCCAGAAACAUUACGAGAUGAUGUAUCUGCGAGCGAAUUUCCAAAAAGUGAUCUACCGAAAUGA